GUUCUUUAGCAAUAGAUUUUCUUUUUUUUUUAAAUACAAACAAACAAUUAUCUUUCGUUUAUCUUGUCAUUAAUUUAUAUUCGUUACUAAGUCUGAUAUGAACAAAAAUCAAGUUUCUAACUCGGAGAAUCUUUUACCUUCGUCUGACAUGAAUCAAGAUCAAGCUUUUAUUUCGAAGAACCUUCCGCCUUCAUUUACCACGAUUUAUUCUAAUUCUCUAGAUAACAACAUCAACAUGACUACUGCGACUACUGCGGUUCAGGAUAUUCAUCCUCAAUAUGAUAAUACGCAAACAUCACCUCAACAACAAACUACACUUGCAACUACACCUUUUCAUCCUACUACCUUUUUCUAUAGACCUCCAAACGAAUUUUGUCAUUAUUAUAUUAAUUGCAAAGAAAUCUGUUACGAUACUGUUACUUAUUUAUUAAACAAAUCGUUAAAAGAAAAUAACGUUCAAUCCAACGAAAAUGAAUGUAUUUUCUACUAUAAGCAACAACACGACGCCAGGUUAUAUCAGGUAUCAUGUGAAAUCGUUUCUCCUCUUUUGAUUAAUAAUUGUUUGAACAAAAAUUUUCUUGGAUUUGAAUUUCAAAAUUCGGAACAAGAGCAUUUAGUAUUUACUAUUAAUCAAAAAGAGAACCUCGAAUAUUAUUUAAAACAAUAUUUAAGCCUUCAUUUACUAAACUAAUAUUAAGAUUUUUCAUUCAUGUUUAAAUUUUCAGUUUAUAAUUUUGGUAGUAUCGUG